AUGAAGGCCUUCAUUCUUGUCUGGCUGUUGCCUGUAUUGACAACAUGCCAAAGUACAACGUCCCCUGCCCUGCCGCCGUGGCAAACAGGUGUCAUCACGGAGGACGGAAGCUGUGGUGGCGUCGACAGUUGGGACGGCAUGUGCGGUCGAUCCAAAGCCUUUUGCGGCGACGGAUGCCAGCCGACCUUUGGGAAUUGUGACGCGCCUCCACCGCCCCCGGUGACGCCGCCCGGACCCGGUGACGCGUCUCCCGAUGGUUCCUGCGGAGGCUCAAACCAGUUCAUCUGUACCAACUCGACCUUCGGGGCGUGCUGCUCGUCUGGAAACUGGUGCGGCGACUCGUCCGCCCAUUGCGGCACAGCCUGCCAGAGCGCCUUUGGCACCUGUGCGGGCGAGAGCAACGUUUCUUCCGACGGCAAGUGCGGAUCCAAUGGAAAGAUCUGCCUCGGUUCAGGCUUCGGUGAUUGUUGUUCGUCCAGCGGCUGGUGCGGCGGUGCGGCGGAACACUGUGGCACCGGCUGCCAGACCGCUUUCGGCAACUGCACGGCCGGGAGCGGCAGUGGUGGAGGCGAUUCUGGUGGCAAUCCCGGCACCAUUUCGAACGACGGUACCUGCGCCGGCACCAAGGGUCUUCUCUGCAAGGGCUCCAUUUAUGGAGACUGUUGCUCGUCUAGCGGCUACUGCGGUAGCUCAGCCGCCCACUGUGGACCAGGCUGUCAGUCGAGCUUCGGAAACUGCACAAACCUCGGGGGACGUUUCGACAGACGGGCUCCUGCGAUAACAUCUCUACGGACGGAACCUGCGGAAGCAACGGGAAGACGUGCAAAGGGUCUGCCUUUGGCGACUGCUGCUCGGCCAGCGGCUUUUGUGGAGCGUCGACGGACCACUGCGGCGCGGGCUGUCAGACGAAUGCGGGCACUUGUUCUGGCGCUGCCAGUAACAAUAUAUCAACGGACGGCAGCUGCGGCAAAAACGGCAAGGUCUGCAAGGGCUCGACCUUUGGCGACUGCUGCUCCUCUGGGGGCUUCUGCGGCGCGUCUACGGACCAUUGUGGUACCGGCUGUCAAGCCUCCUUUGGCACAUGCACAACGACUGGUUCGGACAACAUCUCCACUGAUGGAUCCUGCGGAAAGAACGGCAAGACCUGUAAAGGGUCCACGUUCGGGGACUGCUGCUCGUCAGGUGGUUUCUGCGGUAAGUCAACGGAUCACUGCGGGCCAGGCUGUCAGACUCUUUUCGGCACGUGUACGGCCGGGGCUGGCAGCAUCUCGACCGAUGGUGCGUGUGGGAAGAAUGGAAAGACGUGCAAGGGCUCGACGUUUGGAGAUUGCUGCUCGUCUUCCGGUUUCUGUGGCAAGUCGGCAGAUCAUUGUGGUGCCGGUUGUCAGUCAUCGUUCGGCACCUGCACGGCCAGUGCCGGCUCCGUGUCGACGGAUGGAAGCUGCGGCAAGAACGGCAAGACGUGUAAGGGAUCGACAUUUGGAGACUGCUGCUCGACGAACAAUUUCUGCGGAAAGUCUUCAGACCACUGCGGCACGGGCUGCCAGGGGUCUUUUGGGACGUGCAACGGCGCGGCCGACAGUCUCUCCAAGGACGGUGCCUGUGGUUCGAGGAACGGCAAGACGUGCGUUGGGGCCGGGUUCGGGACGUGCUGCUCCAGCACUGGAUAUUGCGGAAGCACUGGAAGCCACUGCGGCCAGGGCUGUCAAACCGGGUCUUCGAGCGGAUGCUUCACGAGAAACAUCCCCACCAAUGACGGCACAUGCGGUGCUAGCAAAGGCGGCUUCACAUGUGCUGGUGGUCCUUUCGAUAACCAAUGCUGCAGUUCCGGUGGCUUCUGCGGGACAACGGGCGAUCACUGCGGAUCUGGUUGUCAACGGAAUUUUGGAAGAUGUAACUGAUGAGGAGAGGCUGGGGGGAGGUAGUAUGGCAAAAGCCAGGUGGCAGCUAGAAUGCAUUCAGGUAAACCAUGAAGCCGAUACUCGCAGCCGUGAAUAUGUGUGUUGCGCAAGCGGACACUAA